AUGAUCGUCAUCUGGCUUUCGUUUGCCGGAUUUACGACGACGUGGUUUUUCAGCCGUGAAUGGCAAGAGAAAGUGAUCGCUUCCGGACUGACGUGUGCGCCGAUCUUUGUCGCACUUUUGCAGUACCUCAGCACGUUUCGCUUCGACCGUCAGGCCGCCGUCUUGGCGACUUGGUUAAAUGGAGUUCUCGGGCUGGUUCUAUUCCUGGUCUACCUUCCCGCGUUGCCUGCGGCGCUCCGCAUGUUUGCCAACUCUCUAUUCUUUGCCCCGGUGGCAAUGCUCCUGACUUACCUCGUACUCUUUGGUGUUUUUCUCGUGAACGCCUAUUAUCACUUAGUCUGGGGCGAACAGCUUUAUGCCGCCCAGCAAUCACAUACGCUGCCUCCUGUCACCAAGAACCUGACCAUCAAAGAGGUCUUCUUACUGCUCUUGGCCAUAGGCUGGAUCUUUGGCAUUACUUCGUAUGGCGUUCGACAAG